GGGGGAGGAGGAGGAGCAGCAGGACCCGCAGGUGCUGUUCGCCGCGGCCAGCUGUGCCCUGCGGCCCCGGGCCUUCCGCUGCCAGGCCUGCGACAAGGCCUACAUUGGGCCAGGUGGGCUGGCCCGGCACUGGAAGCUGAACCCAGGCCAUGGCCGGCUGCAGUCUGCAGCAUUGCCGGAGAAGGGGCACACGGAGGCUGGCACUGGGGGCCUGGCCCCAUGGAAGCUGUGCACACCCGAGCCGUCCACACCAGCUGCACCCGGCCGGGACAGGGCAGAGGCAGCACAGGGUGGCCUGCAGUGUGCAGAAGACGAAGAGGCGAUGGUGCUGGAGCCAGAAAAUACAGGUCACUCGGCUGCGGGGUUGCAGUGUGGAGACGCCGAGGGCCCAGCAGGGUGCAGGGCAGCCGUCGCCCCGUGGAGCAGGACAACCCAGCUGAGCGCCUGCAGGAGCAGAGCCCGGCUCCAGGAGGUGCGUGGCUCUUACACUGUGGCACUUAUACCGUGGAGCUUCUUUGGUGUGUCACUCCAGCAGUGUGGCCAGGAGGACCUGGUGGAGCUGGCGCUGCCCCGGCUGGCACAGGUGCUGACUGUAUACGAGUUUCUCCUGGAGAAGGCCAAGGACAGCGGCGCCGCGCAGCCCCGCUUCCCGGCCGUGUACAGGGAGUUCGAAGAGCUGCACGGCAGGGUCAAGAGCAUGUGUCAGGAGCACCUCGGCCAUGCUGGCCCGGCUUCUCAGGAGCCCCUGGAAGUCAGCGACCCUCAGGUUGCCCAGUCCCUCGGAAUCACAGGCUUUCUGAGGAGGACAGAAGCACACCCAGACUGCGCUGCAAGCCGGUGCCACAGUGCAGAGGGGCCCGGGCAGAGGCCUGCGGAAGCCAGCGGUUGGCUGGGGGCGUGUGAGGCCACACAGCAAGUGCCUGAAGCGCAGAGGGCCUGGCGAGCAGCUCUGCCCAGGGGCGGCCCGGAGUGCCCUGCUGCCCACGGGGGAGGCCUGCAGAGUCCCAGGCUGUGUGUGCCCACUGCCGGCGGGGGUUUUGCUCCUCCAGCAAGUGGGCCCACCCCUCCCCCUUCUGAAGGCAGCCACGGGAUGACAGUUUCCAGUGGUGACGCAAGUGUGUCGCAUGCAGGCGGGCAGCUCAAGGCAUCGGCUGACUUGGAAGCCAGGCAUGGGUCAGCAGGCCCUGCUGUCCUGGGUGGGGACAGCCGUGGAGCAGCUCUCUGUGCCCAGCUAGGUGAGGCCCAAGAGACUGUUCCAGACACCAGACCUGCCCAGGGGAGCUCGGGAGUCUGCAGCGCCCUGUCACCAAUGGGAGAGGCUGCGGGUGCAGAGCCAGGGAACCUGGGUGCCAGGCCCACUUCCCCCCUGCCUGAGAUGUUGCCUGUGGACAUCGUGCCAGUGGGCUGUGCUCACAAGACUGGCGCAGACGGGUCGCCACUGACUAUAGGAAGCCACGCCAGCGACCUAAACCAGCUCCUCCAAGGGAGGAAGGCGCACAGUGGCCUGGGAGACCUGCAGCGUGUGACUGCUGUCGGGGAUGCUGUGGCUUUUGAAAUCACGAAUGGGUGCCCUGAGGGGUUACCUCAGGAGCAGAUCUUCGUGCAGACUGCCAGCGGAGUCCUCCUGUCCCCCACGGAAACCACAGGGUCCCAGGAGAACAUUAUCCUGGUGACCGGCGUAGGGAGCCCUGGCCUGCACAUCGGGGACCCGGAAGGCAUGCCCCUGGUGGUGGCGGGUACGACCCUCGCCGUGCAGGCAGAGCCCUCGCAGUGACCGUGUCAGCGGCGUCUGUCUCUGUUUGUCUCAUCUGGAGUCUGGUGGGCAGCGUGUUUUUCUAAUGUGAACCCUGACAGGGAUGAGCCUGUGUUUAUAAAGAGUGCCAUCCGCCACG